UUCCACUUCAACACGGCGUUCAUGGUUUGCGUCGCCAAACGCGCUUCAUUCAUGGUGCGAGCUUGACAGGAUGGUAUGAAAGAGUCGGAAUUCUCUGUUUUUGCUACCACAACGUGUAGGCGCUGGCGGCAGAGCGAUGAUGUGACGGGGAUUUUUGAGUCGAUUGUUGCUUCCGAAGGAAUUGAUAAGGUUAUGGCAACGAGGAGUCAGUGUCUUCAGAAAUAUCGAUUAUAGAGUGGAGAAGUGGUAAGUUGGAUUCCGAGAUAAGAGCAAGGGUUUGGAAAAGGGCAGGGCGAGUGAGCGCUUGGUGGUUGAGGUUGGAGUUGGAGAGAACAGACGUUGAGUAUGGCGCACCUUGCCCCCGUGCAGACCAUAAAGAGGCGGCGGCAGGCGAUUGCAUUGCCUCCACCCGUGACUCCCUCAGCUAAGACCUUAGUGAAAGCGCUAAUGAGCCUGAAGAGGACUUUGUCGUCUGCCGGAAAGCCGACAGUAUGCCAGUGUCGUAAUGCCUCGAACGUUGUUCGUAGAAUUGAGCUCUUGGCGACUCUUUUCGAGGAAAUUGAAGUGUCCGACCGUCCUUUUCCUCCAUCAGCUGUGAUUUCUCUCCGAGAGUUGUAUAGGUUGAUGCAAAGGACCUAUAUGCUGCUUGAAGAGUGCCGAGAGAUCAGCAGAUUUUGGUUGCUGAUGGAGCAAGGCACGUAUGCGCAGUACUUUUACGAAAUCACUCAAAGUUUGGGAAAGAUACUGAGCUCCAUUCCUUUGGAACUUCUGGAUCUAUCGGAGGAAGUUAUGGAACAAACGGAAUUAGUGCGUGCACAAGCGAUCCGGGCACGUUUUGUGCAGAGCCCCGCUGAAGUUCAGCUGCGUGAAGACGUUGUCAAUAUGUUGAAGCUUGUGGAAAGAGAAGAGACUCCUCAACCAUCCCAAUUGAAAUGCCUCUUCAACGUUCUAUAUCUGCUUAAUGCUGCAAACUGCGAGACGGAGAUCCAUAAGUUGGAAGAGAUAAGCACGGAAGAAAGUAGACUACAGGAUUUGAACAUCCAGGAUAGGGUUGCUGGAUUGAUUAGUUUCGUCCGAUAUGGGAAGUAUGUGCUAUAUUCGGGGGAAUUUGAAGGAGUUGAAGACGAAGUUUCUCGAGUUCACUCCAGAAGUAGACGUGAUGAAAACAGGAGUGAGGUAUCAACAAGCGAAUCAGAUAAAAGCGCUGCGAUGGUCGUCCCUCCAAUCGAAUACCUGUGUUCAAUUACUCUUGAUCUCAUGCGUGAUCCUGUGAUCGUUGCAACUGGACAGACGUAUGAAAGGUCUUCCAUCACAAGGUGGAUUCACGCAGGACACUCAACAUGCCCGAAGACCCGCCAGAAGCUUGCUCACCUCGACCUGAUUACAAAUUAUGCAUUGAAGAGUUUGAUUUCACAGUGGUGUGAAGACAAUAAUGUUGAAUUUGAGAACGGAACUCAAAAAGACAACGGAAAAGGCGUUCGAGUUCAACGUAUUCACAAUUCAGGAGGUAACCUUGAGGCCACGAAGCUCGCUGUGACAUUCUUGGUUCAGAAACUUGCUACUGGUAAUGAGUGUAUUCAGAAGCAAGUCGUCCGUGAGCUUCGCUUGCUUUCAAAGAGUGGAGAGGAGAAUAGGAUAUGCAUUGCGGAAGCUGGGGCGAUUCCACAUCUCCUUCCGCUGUUAUCAUCCUCCGAUGUCAAAACUCAAGAGCACACCAUCACAACUGUGCUAAACCUUUCAACUGUCGAAGACAAUAGACGAGUAAUUGUCGCAGCCGAUGCCUUGGAUUUGGUUAUUGAGGUCUUGAAAUCAGGGCAUACGAUGGAAGCGCAAGAGAAUGCUGCUGCAUUACUGUUUUCCCUUUCCAGCAAUGACGAGGUGAAAGUGCAAAUCGGAAGCAAGCUCGAUGCAAUUCCAUCACUGGUCACUCUGCUUCGGGAAGGCAGCAUGCACAGAGGAAAGAGAGAUGCUGUGAACGCAUUGAUGAACUUGGCCAGAUACCACGGCAACAAAGCCAAGAUUAUCGAAGCCGGUGCGGUGCCAUUCCUUGUUGCUUUCUUCCGAGACGAAUCACCCUCCACACUCGACUCUUGCGCAGCACUCCUCGCUUUACUGGCAUCUCACCCUGAAGGUGUUGACGCAAUGUUCAACGCGAAUGCCAUCUCCAUGUACGUUCCUCUUUUACAACAUGGCUCGCCAAAAGGACGAGAGUAUGCUAUUUCGAUACUGCUCGCUAUGUGCCAAAGCCAAGACAAGAAGGUCAUAGACGAAGUCUUCCAACAUCUGAACGAAAUCGUGCCAUAUCUCUACAACUUGCUCUCCAUUGGCACGUUACGGGCAAAGCGCAAAGUCGCUCCUCUGCUCAAGCUCUUCCGCAGCUAGGAGCCUACAGAGAUGAAUGGCCACAUCGCAGCAGUUUUACAGGUACCUCAAUGAAUCUGCACAUCGAUUCAGCAAUUUUCUGGAAGAAAUAUUCCAAAAUAUUAGGUUGUAACAUACAUUGAAUUUUUUUACGACAAUCGCUGUGGAUAAUUUUUAUUGCACCAGUAGUUCCUCACUUGGUUGCAGUUAGUUUACACAUCAUUCUUUACAUAAAUCCUACCACCUGCUACAGAAUUUUUUUGUUAAGGCAGGGAUGGUUGAUUGAGGAGCUUGAAGUUAAACAAAAGCUCGAUUCGGAUGCACCCAGAAAUCUCCUUUUCUGACAUGUGCCGUGAAGGCGAUUUAGCAAUUUUUUAAUGGCAAAGUAUCAAGUGCCAGAGCUUCAUUAUGAAGCAUUCAUGUAUUUUAAUAUUAAUACUCUAAAAAAAUUAUUAAAAAAAGAAAUUAAAACUGGAAUACUAA